CAUGCCCGCAACGCAAGGCCCCACCCAGCGCAUGAUUAACGAGCGUCUCUGCCCACGUGGCUACUACCCAUUCGCCGAUUUCUGGUCGUCGGGAUUCAGAGCAACAAAAGCAAUAAACAUAGAAAACACAGUCACUCUCAUCUCUUCACUCUCUCUCUCUCUCUCUCUCUUUCUCUCUCUAAAACUGUGUUUUUCUCUCUCUGAAAUUCCAAAAUUUCUCCCCAUUUUCUCACUCCAACUUUCCCAAACUCUUCGAAUACGGAUUCUACAAUGCGUGAUCUUUCGAUUCCGCCCAAUUUCGAGCAGUGAAGACCGAGUUUUCACCGAGUUAUUCGACUCACAAGACUCACUGAAUUGGGAAACUGAAAUGCUAGAAGCAGUGGAGAGUUCCGUCAAUGGCGGCUUUUCGCAUUUGCAGAGCUGUGGAGAUAGCAGUGAAGAAGAGCUCUCUGUUCUGCCUCGUCACACCAAGGUUGUUGUCACUGGUAACAACCGCACCAAGUCUGUCCUCGUUGGCCUCCAAGGCGUAGUCAAGAAGGCUGUUGGCCUCGGAGGCUGGCAUUGGCUGGUUCUUACAAAUGGCAUAGAGGUAAAACUACAAAGGAAUGCCCUUAGUGUGAUUGAAGCUCCUACUGGUAAUGAGGAAGAUGAUGACCUGGAAUUUGAAAAUGUGCAUUGGAAUGGCUCAGAUAUGGCAUCCGAUGAUACUCAAAAGUCCCAUAGAUCAAGGCAUCGCAUACAUAAAUCAUCUGGCUCAUCCCACAGGGCUAUGAGCAGGUCCCUCUCUUGUGACUCACAGUCAAAGGGAUCUGUAUGUACUCCUCGAGGGUCUACGGUUGACCUAAGUAAACUGGAGAUGACUGCAUUAUGGAGAUAUUGGCGACACUUCAACCUUGUGGAUGCCAUCCCCAACCCAUCUAAAGAACAACUAAUUGAUGUUGUCCAGAGGCAUUUUAUGUCACAGCAAUUGGAUGAGUUGCAGGUAAUUGUGGGGUUUGUGCAAUCUGCAAAGAGACUGAAGACGGUGUGCAAAUGACGAUGUUGAGAGAGAGAGAGAGAGAGAGAGAGAGGAACGAGAGAGAGCAAGAUCAAAAGAGAGAUCUUUGGAUUUGGUUGUUGACGCUAACAAAUACCAGUACCUACCUCUACCUAAAUGUCCCCUUUCCCUUAGAGCAGUGAUAGUUGUAACAUAUUUAUGGCUGGCUGGUUUGUGUCUUUGUUAUGGCAAUAUGGCUAGUAGGUUGCAUUUACUUAUUUUUAAGUUAUAGAGAUAGAUUGAGAGAGAGGUUCUUACUUCUUUUGGUAGUUGUAGUUAGUUAUAUGUAGAUAUAUGUAAACUGGUGAAGAGACACCUCUUUGAGGGCCUGUGACUUUCUAAGAGCUUGGCUGAACCUAUGUACUGCUGACUGGGGGAAAAAUGGGUUUUUCAUAAAUGUAUAGUCCUUAAUGCUUAAAUUAUUGUUGCCAAUUGGUGUUGAAUUUUAGAUUGCUGAA